AGCCAAUCACAGCUGACAACAACAAUUGUGUAUAAAAGAAUUGCUCUGUGUGAACGCGAAGGGCAACACCAAAAGAGAAGUUGCCGAAAAUGAGCAACAAAAGUUUCUCUGUGUGAACCCAGCUUAAACAAAUGCCAAUCACUUUGUUUACUUUGAGAAAUGCUAUCAAUGAAGGGAACAGCUGAUCGCAAGUUUCUUCAGUAAUCACACGCAGCUAAACAAAUGAAUUCUUGUUUUUAUUUUUGAGAAAAUGCGAAUAUGUAUGGUUACAGAUUUUUUUUAUCCAAGUAUAGGUGGAGUAGAAGAACACGUUUUCAAUUUGUCACAGAUCCUAUUAAGCCACGGACAUAAAGUCAUUGUGUUAACACACUGCUAUGGUGAUUGUAAAGGUAUUCGUUACUUAACCAAUGGAUUAAAAGUAUAUUAUUUACCAAUUAAACCGUUCUACAAUCAGUGUAUACUUCCCACAAUUUUAUGCCAAAUACCACUUAUACGAUGCGUACUGUUGCGGGAAUGCAUUGAGGUAGUGCACGGACACUCGGCAUUUAGCACGCUGGCACAUGAAGCCAUGAUUAUUGGCAAUAUGCUGGGCCUGAGGACUGUUUUUACGGAUCACAGUCUUUUUGGGUUUGCUGAUUUGUCAGCGGUUUUCACUAACAAAAUGCUGGAGAUAAAUUUGGCUAAUGUAAACCACUGCAUCUGCGUCUCUCACAUUGGUAAAGAAAACACUGUAUUACGAGCACGCAUACCAAAAGAAAAAGUUUCCGUCAUUCCAAAUGCUGUUGACACUGCCCUAUUUACACCAGAUCCAAGUAANUUUGUCAAUGGCGGUGUUCAUGUUGAGGGGUAUGGUGCUAUGAAAACAGCUCACGAACAAAAAAGUGCGACACUGACAAAAUCACGACAUGUAAACUCAGGUAUGCAUAAGGUAAAACACGCAAAGAAUACCGGAGCUUUUAAGGGUAUUGAAGACAUGGAAGCUGUGCUUUGCCCAUAUAAAUGUAAUGAGAUUGUUUCUACACUCUACAACUGGGAGAAUGUUACGCAAAGGACAGAAAGGGUAUAUGCGCGUAUUUUGGUCGAACCUGAAAAAUCGCUAGGUGCUCUACUUUGGGGUUACCUGCGCAGCAAAGUAUGGCCAUUCCUUUUGGUUAUAUCUAUGGCCCAUAUACUGCUA